GUUGCAACAUUGUCGUUGUGACUAAAUCCCAAAAGUGAUUUGUUCAUUAAUCUUAUUGUUGCCAGCGUAAAGUUACUAUGAGUCAACAAAAUCUGUCAAUUACAAUUUGAUCGCUCGAUCAAACAAGAAAAUUUAUUCCCGCAAAAUAUAAAAUCCAUAUAUAGUUCGGAAAUUUAAUAUAUAUCUUUUGUGUGUUAUUUGAUUAGGAAUAGAAAGUGAGUUCGGAAUUGAUGUUGAAUGUGUUUACACAUUGUUUUGCCUUCAAAAAUUUAAUUAAAAAUGGCCAGCAGAAAGAAAGUACUUCUUAAAGUCAUCAUUCUUGGCGAAAGUGGUGUUGGCAAAACGUCGCUCAUGAACCAAUAUGUGAAUAAACGAUUUUCGAAUCAAUACAAAGCCACGAUUGGAGCUGACUUUUUGACAAAGGAGGUGGUAGUCGAUGAUCGUGUUGUUACUAUGCAGAUUUGGGAUACUGCUGGUCAAGAACGAUUUCAAUCGUUAGGUGUUGCAUUUUAUCGCGGAGCCGAUUGUUGUGUACUUGUAUUUGAUGUGACUGCACCAAAUACAUUCAAGAAUUUAGACUCAUGGCGUGACGAAUUCUUGAUCCAGGCCAGUCCACGUGAUCCGGAACACUUCCCAUUCGUUGUUCUUGGCAAUAAAGUUGACUUGGAAAACCGAUCGGUGUCUAGCAAACGGGCUGGACAGUGGUGUCAAUCUCAAAAUGAUAUUCCCUACUUCGAAACAUCAGCUAAAGAAGGUAUCAAUGUCGAACGUGCUUUCCAAACGAUUGCCAAAAAUGCAUUAGCUCAAGAGAGUGAGGAUGGUUUCAACGAUUUUCCACCGGGAAUUCAACUGGAAUCGAACCAAAACAAUCGGCCCAGAAAUUCAGACAACUGUCCAUGCUAAUAAUUUUCCAAUGAUUGACAGGAUGAUCAAAGAAAAUGAAGAGUUCUGAGAAAAAUAAAUGGGAAAUAGAUUGAAUAAAUAAAAUAAAAAAAAAAACAAUGAAAUUCAAGAAUCAAAAGAAAAAAAAUGGAAGUAAAGUAAAUGAUAUAUAAAUAAGUUAUAAGUCGCAAAUGAGUGAGCGAAACAACUGGGACACAUGUGAAUGCAAGUGACAUGCAACCAUUAAUAGCAUCCAACAAUAAUGAAAAACCAACAAUAGAAGCUGCAAAUUUGCAAAUGUUUGCAGCCAAUGGAGAAAAGUUUAAAUAAAACAGAUGUAAAGGAUAAAUAUAAAUAAUCAACCAACCAAACAAAUAUUAUAGUGUGAAAAUUGAUACACAUCGUCAAUUCAUGCUCCACACUUGGUUCAUAUAAAUCACGUCAAACUAAUGCAAAUAGGACUCCGUUUUUUUUUUAUAAAAAUACUUCUUUAAAAUAAAAGCAACAUUCAACAAUUUAAAUGAUAUAAAUAAAAUGAAAAAACAAAUGCGAUCUAGAACAAUUAUUGCGUAUGAAACCACUUUUAUCUUAAUGUCAAGAAUAAACAAUUGAUGCAUGGAA